AUGUCUCAAGGAAUAGAAAAAAUCAAGUAUUGUCCGGCCGGUCAUUCUUCCGAGGAUAUCUCUUCUUCUUAUUACCAAAAUUUCAAUUGGGAAAAUGAUUUAAUAGGCUGCAAAGUUACUUUGAAAGAAAUAAAGGACUCUAGAUAUGAUAUAGUUGAAUUUCUUAAAGUGGUAAAGACCGUUAAUCAUCUUCUCGAAUUUAUUAAAUAUUAUGGAAUUUCAAAAAAUCCUUUUACACGAAACUACAUUUUUGUUACGGAGUCAUUUGAUGAUGAUUUACAUAAUUUUUUAGCUAAAACUUUUUGGAAUUUAAGGUGGAAACAAAAAAUAAAUAUGUUAGAUUCAAUAACAUGGAGUCUUAGAUGUUUACAUGAAAGAGAUUUAGUUCAUUGUGACCUUCAUAGCGGAAAUAUUUUAAAUAUUUUGAAAAAACCUGAUGUCAAUCUUAAUAGUUUUGACGUUUUAUUAAGAAUAGAUUUAUGUUUAGGCUUAUGUAAACUGGAAAAUAUAUGUAAUGGUGUAAGACCAAAGGUCCCUGAUUUUAUGUUAAAUUUGAUUCCAGAAUGGUAUUUAAACCUGAUGUAUCGAUGUUGGAGUGAUGAUCCUUCUCAACGUCCAACUGUUACUGAAUUAGCUAAUUUAUUUUGUGUAUUAUCAGAAAAACUUGAUGAUAAUAUAGUAGAUAAUGAUGUUAUGCGACAACUUAAGAUUUCUGAUGAAAAUACAUCAAAAUCUCAAAAGCAAGAAUUAUUUGAAUUAUUUUCAUAUUCAAAUAAGUUACAUCCACAAUCAUGUUAUAUUAGCCGAUAUAUUCAUACUCUUAAUGGAUUGUAUGAUCGAUUGGACGAUCUCAAAUCUGGAAAAUCAGCAGAUCCUAAUUUAUUGUUAAAGUCCAAUGAGCCAACUAUUUUUGAUAUUAAUAAUACUUAA